AAAAAGGUGGGUAGGGCUUAGGUCCUCCAAAUAGUGCGCACCCGGUAGCUUGCAGAGCCAGAUGUGAUGGAGACUGGUUCAUCCAGGCAGAGAUCGAGUGGAAGGUCUGUAAAGAAAGAGCGCGGCGACAGAUCAAGAUCCAGGAGUUCCUCCUGCGAUUCGGACGCUCCAAGCACUAAGAAGAGAAAGAAAUCGAGCACCAAGCACAAGAAAGUUCGAAGCGGCAGCGAAUCUCGCUCCUCAUCUCGCAAGAAAAAAAAUGCGUCAGAAAGACACAAAACGAAAAAACGCGAAUCCAUGUCGAAGUUUUCGGACGAAAAAAAGAGUAGAAGGUCUCCUAGCAGUAGUGAUGAUAGUGAAAGCGACGAUAGUGGUUCCAGCGGGGUCGGCUCUACUGACUCCGAGGAAGAGAAGAGGCUAAAGCGGAAGAGGAAGCGACGAGCAGAGAAGGAUGCGAAGAAGAAGAAAAAGAAGUCGGGGAAAAGUGCAGAGACGGGCUUGAAACAAGUUGUAACUGCUUCAGCAUCAACACCUAUUGGCAGCAAAACUGUUGGACCGACAGCAGAUGUAAAAGGAACAGAAGGCAAGCAGCAACGUGGGCCAAUGACAAAGGAAGAGUGGGAAAGACAACAAAGUAUUGUUAGAAGAGUUUACGAUCCUGAUACUGGCAGACACAGGUUAGUGAAGGGAGAUGGCGAGAUUAUAGAGGAAAUAGUCAGUAAAGAGAGACAAAAGGCCAUCAAUAACGGUAGCAAGCAACCGUUGGAGAUGGAACGUCAUUCGCAACAAGGUCUUAGAAAACUCUUAUAA